CUGACUAAAGUAUUUGUUUGCAGUUGAAUAAAAUUAACAUUUUAGUAUUAGAGACAAAGUCUUAUAUCAAAUUUAGAAAUGAUCUUAAUUAGUAUAUAAAUGUUAUAUGUUAUGAGCCAAUUUAGUUAAUGCUAAUUGAUUUUAGUUGGAGAUUCAUCUAACUUAAAACUGUAUAAAUUAAAAGUCCAACCCAUAAUCAAUUUAACCAAAAACUGAUCUAUUAACAUUUGCUAAAGUAUUCCAAAAUUAAUAGUCGAGACUCAUCAUCUUGAAUGGAAGUGAUAGAGAUAAAAUUGUAGUAUAUAAGUGAUAUUAUGAGUUAAUCAACUUAUUUUCUAUUGGUUUUUAAUUGAAAACUCAUCUAAUUUAAUAUAUUACUGUACUUGGAUAUAUUGGGAUGUUAGUAUCCCUAAUAUCCACUGUAAAGUACCUACCAUUAAAAUGUAAUCAUAGUUAAAUUAUAACAAUGAGAACUUUGUAAUAUGAACUUGAACAUUUGGACUUUGACACAGCUGAAAAAAGUUGGUGAAACUGAGUUGACAACUUCAACGAUGGGAUCGUCGUCGGUUCAGAAAUCGGCUUUACUGCUAUGCGGAGACUACAUGGAAGCCUACGAGACGCUCGUUCCUCUCUACAUCCUCCAAUCGUUCGGCGUCAGCGUCCACUGCGUUUCCCCCAACCGCAACUCCGGCGAUCGCUGCGUUAUGGCUGCCCACGAUUUCACGGGCCUGGAGCUAUACACGGAGCUAGUCGUUGACCAGCUGACUUUAACCGCCAGCUUCGAUGACGUCACUCCCGAUAACUACGACGCCAUCAUCAUCCCCGGGGGACGGUUCACGGAGAUUCUCAGCGCCGACGAGAGGUGCGUCGACCUCGUUGCUCGGUUCGCCGAGCUCAAGAAGCUGAUCUUCACCAGCUGCCAUAGCCAGGUCAUGCUGAUGGCCGCCGGAGCUCUCGCCGGAGGUGUGAAGUGCACGGCGUUCGAGAGCAUGAAGCCUCUGAUCGAAUUCUCCGGCGGCGAGUGGUGGCAGCAGCCUGGGAUACAGAGCAUGUUCGAGAUCACGGACUGCGUCAAGGACGGGAAUGUCGUGAGUACGGUUGGAUGGCCGACGCUUGGUCACGGGGUUAGGGUUUUGCUGGAGUCUCUUGGGGGGCAAGUCUCGAGCUUGAAGGAGAAUCAAGCUUCUGUGCUUUUCCUCAUUGGGGACUAUGUAGAGGACUAUGGGAUCAAUGUACCAUUUAGAGCACUACAAGCUUUAGGAUGUAAAGUGGAUGCAGUGACACCGAACAAGAAGAAGGGAGAGAUGUGUGCAACAUUAGUUUAUGACCUUGAGGAGGCAAGGCAGCUUCCUGCAGAGAAGCGAGGGCACAACUUCCUUGUGACUGCGUGUUGGGACGAUGUAUGCGUUGAUGACUAUGACUGUGUAGUGGUUCCAGGAGGGAGAUCACCUGAGCUACUAGUGAUGAAUCCAAAGGCUGUUGCUUUGGUCAAGAAGUUUGAUGAGAAAGAUAAGGUCUUUGCAGCUAUUGGACAGGGUAAAUUGCUGCUUGCAGCCACCGGUGUACUUAAGGGGAAGCGAUGCGCUAGUGGAAAAGGGAUGAAGGUCAUGGUAAAAGUGGCUGGAGGUGAAGCUGUUGUGUCAAAGGGAUGUGUGACUGACGGAAAGCUUGUGACGGCUGCAUCAGCCUCAGAUCUGCCAGCGUUUUUGUUUGGUUUAUCAACUGCUCUUGGUGUCUCUGUCAUGUUCUAAGAUUAUUCAAGAAGGAAACAUAAAAGAUAGUUUGGAUAAUAAAAACAUAACUUACAAGCUAAGCGCGUUUGGUUCCGCACACAUGGUCACAGCUGUACUUGCUAGUAAGAAUCUUCAUGUUAAUCCUCUUAUAGCAAUGCACUAGUAUUCUCAAAUAACUAUAGA